AUGCCCACUGAUGCCCAGAUAUUCGCUGAUCUCCUCAAAUUGUGUGCUCAAUCGAAGGAUCUCAGCACUGGCAAGCAAAUUCACCAGAGGAUCAUUCACAGCCGCCUCGAUCGCAAUCGCUACCUUUGCAAUCUUCUCAUCGAUAUGUAUGGGAAAUGCGGAAGCAUCCAAGGCGCGAGAUUGGUUUUCCAAGAAAUCGAUAGGCCCAAUCCUUUUACCUGGAACAUUGUCAUAUCUGCAAAUGCCGCGAAUGGGCAUUUGGAAGAGGCCCGUAGCCUCUUCGAUCGAAUGCCCAAAAGAAACUCCGUGUCGUGGAACACGAUUAUCUCCGCUUACGCCCAGCACGGCAGAUUAGACGAUGCCUGCCAUCUCUUCGCCCAGAUCCCCGAUCAGCAGCGCGACGAGAUAUCCUGGAACGCAAUUGUCCAGGCUUGUGCUCUAAACGGGCGCUUGGAUCGAGCGCAGGAGCUAUUCGAUCGAAUGCCGCAGCACAGCGUGAUCUCCUCCACCGCGCUUGUCGCGGCGUACGCGAGGAGCGGAGAACUCUCCCGGGCGAGAGCGAUCUUCGAUCAAAUGCCGGAUCGCGAUGCUGUCUCCUGGAUCGCGAUGGCGAGCGCUUACGCCCAGAUCGGCAAUCUCAUCGAGGUCAAGAGCCUGUUCGAUCGAUCACAGACUCUCCAUCGAUCCUCACAGAAUGCGCUCGUCCUGGAAUCCUGGAAUGCCCUUCUCGUGGCAUAUGCCCGGAAUGGGCAUCUGGCAUAUGCCAAGCAAGUGUUCGAUGAGAUUCCCUACAGGGACAUCGUGACGUGGAACUCGAUGCUCCAAGCGUUCGCGGAGGCCGGCCAUGUGGAAAGCGCGCGGGAGAUAUUCCUCUCCAUGCCCGAGAGAGACGUGGUUUCUUCCACCGCGGCGAUGGUGGCGGUAGGGCAAGAGAGUGCGCGGGAGAUCUUCGCUGAGAUGCCCCAGAAGAAUCUCAUCAGCUGGAACACGAUCGUGACGAUCCACUCGCGGAAUGGCGAUGUGAUCGGCGCCAGGAGCCUGUUCGAUCGCAUGCCCGAGCACGAUCUCGUGUCGUGGAACACUAUGAUCGCGGCGUAUUGCCAGUCGGGGCGAAUGGAGGACGCGCGAUCGCUGCUAGAAUCGAUGCCCGUCUGGGAUCCAGUGUCGUGGAUCUUGAUGAUCUCCGGCUAUGGCGAAUUUGGCGAUGUGAUCCAGGCCAAGCACGCGUUUGGUUUGAUCCCAGACCGGGACAGCGUCGCUUGGAGCGCGAUUAUCUCUGCGUAUGCUCGAAAUGGGCAUUCCAGAGAGGCGCUGGCGCUGUUUUGCCGGAUGGAUCUGGAGGGCAUCCCGCCCGAGCAAUCCAGCCUCGCCAGCGCCAUCGAUGCUUGCGCGGCCCUCUCAUCGCUCGCGCUGGGCAAGAUCAUUCACUCCAUGGCGAUCGAUGCCGGAUUUGCCUGGGAUGUGAUCGUGGCGAGCGCGCUUGUGGAUCUCUAUGGCAAAUGCGGGCGGUGGGAGACGGCCAUGGCGAUCUUCGAGAAGAUGCCGCGGAAGAACACGGUUUCCUGGAGUGCUGUUCUCGCCGCCAGAGCCAGGAGCGGGGCUGGCGGCACCGCGGCGGCGGUGGAGAUCUUUGGGCGAAUGGCGCUGGAGGGAUUCGGCGCCGAUCCAAUCGCGUUCAUGACCGCGCUCUACGCGUGUAGCCAUGGCGGAUUGCUGGACAAGGGAUUGAGCCUCUUCGCAUCGCUGAGCAGCGAUUUUGGGAUGGAUCCGUGGGGGGCGCACUACGUGUGUGUGAUCGAUCUCCUCGCCCGGUCGGGGCAGCUUGGGAGAUCCGAGGAGCUUAUCGCGAGCAUGCCAUUCGAACCUGGGAUUGUGGCGUGGUCGUCGCUGCUCGGGGCGAGCAAUCUCCAGGCGGAUGUAUGGAGAGGGCGUCGCGCUGCCGAGGAAGUCUCGAAGCGCUCCUCUCAAGAACCCUAA